AUGAUAGCUAAAACAACCGUUUCCUAUGAAACUUAUCCGCAACAGGUUCAAAUCGUUACAAAAUCUGUUUCUGAUAGAUUGUUGCAGAAAUUCUAUGACGAACCACUGUUUGAUUUUGAUUAUGAGAAAAGUGGACUGUGGUCUCCUCCAGUUCCACGCACAGUUUUCUUGAGCUCACCGGGAAGCAUAUUCACUCAUCGAGAAUUGCUUGAUAGACUCAGAAACACAAAUGCACGAAGAAAAAUCAGAGUGUUCUGUUGUUCCUGA